AUGGCCCGGUUCAGCACGCUCAUAUUCUUCGCCCUGGCCUCGGUCGCCACCCCGGUCUGGGCCCGGCCAAGUAGUCAAGUCUCGCCCGUCGUGACUGUCACUGUCCAAGGUGGCUCCUACAGCGGCACGUACAAUGCGGCGUACGGCCAGGACUUGUUCCUUGGCAUGCCCUACGCCCAGCCGCCGACUGGCGACCUCCGCUUCCGCCCACCGCAGCCCCUGAACGCCACGUGGACCGGCGUCCGUGAAGCGACCGACUACUCGCCGCAGUGCUUCGGCUACGGCAGUGACACGUGGGUCCUGGGCAACCACGUCUCCGAGGACUGCCUGACCAUCAACGUAGUGCGGCCGCAUGGCGUCCAGGUCGGCGCCAAGCUGCCAGUUGCGCUUUGGAUCCACGGCGGCGGCCUGACGCAGGGCGGUGGCUCGGACCCCCGUUAUAACACGUCCUUCAUUGUCCAGCAGUCGGUGGAGAUGGGCACGCCCAUGAUCGUCGCCAGCAUCAACUACCGCCUGCACGCCUGGGGGUUCCUCUGGAGCGACGAGGUGCAGGCCGACGGCGCCGGCAACCUCGGCUACAGAGACCAGCGCGCGGCCAUGGAGUGGCUGCGGGACAACGCCGCCGCCUUCGGGGGCGACCCGGACCAGGUCACCAUCUGGGGCGAGAGCGCCGGGGCCCGAAGUGUGUCUGCACAGAUUCUGGCCUACGGCGGCCGCGACGACAAGCUGUUCCGUGCCGCCAUCAUGCAGAGCGGCACGGGCUACGAGACCGACUUUGGCGAGGUGCCCACCCAGGGCAUCAGCUCGCAGGACUACUACAACACGCUCGUCAACAAGACCAACUGCACGGCCGCCGCCGACACGCUGCAGUGCCUGCGCCAGGUGCCGAGUUGGGACCUGAGCGAUAUCCUCAACGCUACCUCAACGCCGGCCUUCGCCAACGUCAUCGACGGCGACUUCCUGCAGGCACCGCGCUGGCAACUGGUCCGCGACGGCAAGUUCGUCCACGUGCCCGUCAUCAUCGGCAACAACUUCGACGAGGGCGCCGCGUUCGGCACCAAGGGCAUCAACACGACGGCCCAGUGGGAGGCGCUGCUGCGCUCGGGCGGCGCCGGCAACGACACCGUCGCCGCCCUGUCGGCCCUGUACCCGGACGACCCGGCCGUCGGCAUCCCAGCGACGCUCGACGGCCGGCCCACCGGCGACCUGGCCUACUACGGCGCGCAGUGGAAGCGCGUGGCGGCCUUCACGGGCGACCGGGGCUACGUGGCGCCACGACGCGCGUGGGCCGAGAGCUGGGCCGCCGCCGGCCUGACCGCGUACUCGUACGGCUUCGACGUGCUGGUCAACGGCAUGUCGCCCGCCGUCGGCGCGACCCACUUCCAGGAGGUCGCCUUCGUCUUCGACAACACCGCCGGCCUGGGCUACCAGAACGCCGUGGCCGUGAACCCCUUCGAGGGCCGGCCCGAGACCUACCCGCGCCUCGCAGACCUCAUGUCGCGCAUGUGGGUGGCCUUCAUCACGGGCCUCGACCCCAACGCCCACGGCGUCGACGGCGCCGGCGUCGAGUGGCCCCCGUACGAGCUCGACCGGCCCACCAACAUUGUCUUCGACACCAACGUCACGGCCCUGGCGUAUCAGCAGGCCGACGACUACCGCGAGGAGGCUAUGGACUACCUGAAGCAGAAACUAUGGUCAUAA